AUGUCGAGCGUUACUGCUUCUGGUCUUCUUGGUCCCGUCGCCGCCCUCAAUGGUUGGACUCUGGUUAUGGAAGUAUGGAUGUAUGCUGUCACGAUUCCGGAGUAUAACAAAAUCAAACCUUCGGGCCAGACCACCAAGAGCCAGAUAGAUGCGCAGAUGCCUCCCACUGCGCGGUGGAAGAGAGAUAACUACAACCAUCUCAUGGAGCAGCCCACCCAAUUCUACGCGGUCGCCUUGGCACUGGCAAUUGCUCGUGGUGGCAAGAUUGAUGAACUGGACUCGGCUCUUGCUUGGACGUAUGUCGGUACCCGCGUUUUGCACAGCUUGGUCCAAUCUAUCACCAAUACUAUGAUGGCGCGUUUCUUGCUGUUCGGCUUCUCGUCAAGUAUUCUGGCGGUUAUGACUGGAAGGCUGGCCAUGCUUGUCUUUUGA